UAGAUCCGAUGGUCCAAAAUCCACCAGAAAACACCGUGUAUAUAUAUAUAUAUAAACCCUAAUCUUCUCAUCUCUCUAUCACCUCCCUGCUCUCCGCCUCUCCCUUCUUCCAGCUUCGACACUUACCACACCUCACCCGUUCAAGAUGCCGUUUAAGAGAUACGUGGAGAUCGGAAGGGUAGCUCUCGUCAACUAUGGCAAAGACUAUGGAAAGCUCGUUGUCAUCGUCGACGUCAUUGACCAGAACCGAGCUCUAGUUGAUGCUCCUGAUAUGGUCAGGAGCCAGAUGAAUUUCAAAAGGCUUUCACUCACUGAUAUCAAGAUAGACAUUAAUCGGGUCCCCAAAAAGAAAAAUUUGAUUGAGGCUAUGGAGAAGGCUGAUGUGAAGAACAAGUGGGAGAAUAGCUCAUGGGGCAGAAAGCUUAUUGUCCAGAAGAGAAGGGGUGCUUUGAAUGACUUUGAUAGAUUCAAGUUGAUGUUGGCUAAGAUCAAGAGGGGUGGAUUGAUCAGGCAAGAGCUUGCGAAGUUGAAGAAAGAGAAUCCAGCCUGAAGUUCUCAUUUUUGUUAUCAAAAUUCUGCAAGUUGUUUUGGAAUAUUAUCCAUUUGGUUUCCUUUUCACAUAGAGAUCGAGAACAGUUUUUUAGGUUUCUUUCUAUAUAUGACAGUUUUGUAGUGAUUGUGCAACCUAAACAUGACAAAAUUCUUGUGCUUCCUUUUUUUCUUAUGUUGAUUUCAUCGAGUAUUUACAAUC